AGUUGGCAAGAUGGCGCCGGUGGGGGUGGAGAAGAAGCUGCUGCUGGGUCCCAACGGGCCCGCGGUGGCCGCCACCAGCGACCUGACCAGCGAGGAGGAGGAGGGCCAGAGCCUCUGGUCUUCUAUCUUAAGCGAAGUGUCCACCCGCUCCAGGUCCAAGCUGCCGUCCGGCAAGAACAUCCUGGUCUUCGGUAGGCGACGGGGCGCUGGGAUGCGCGAGGCGGCUCUGCUCCCGGCCUUCCGCCCUCCGGUGCGGGAGGACGUCCCGGCUCCUGGCAGGGCAGCCGGGGCGUCGCAGACCCACCACUCCGGACGGUGGGCUGCCGCCCUCCCGGAGAGCUCGGCGGUGCUCG